AUUCGCGCCCCUCCUCACGAACCCAAAAUACAUCACCCUCGCCACUCCCUCCCGCAUCAUCGUCACCGCCUCCGUCUCCGGCAUCGGCCCCACGACCCUCGGCGAGGGCGCAACCUUCUCCUACGCCGCCGCCAAAGCCGGCGCCAUCCACCUCGUGCGCCAGCUCGCCCUCGAGCUGGGCCCGCGCAACGUGCUAGCCAACAGCAUCGCCCCCGGCUUCUUCCCGAGCGACCUGGCAGCGCCGCUGAUCGCGCGCAUGGGCGGCGAACGCGCGCUGGCGCGGUCGCGGCCGAACGGGCGGCUGGGGCGGGGUGAGGAUUUCGCGGGCACGGUCGUGUGGUUGGCCAGUCGGGCGGGGAGUCAUGUCACCGGGCAGUGUAUAGUCCUGGAUGGGGGUGGGUCGGUGGGGAAGGUUGUGAGGCAAGAUGAGGAGUAG